AUGGGCCCAGCUCCACGGCCCGGCCCCGCGGGGGCCCUGGUGAUGGGCCCAGCUCCCCGGCCCGGCCCCGCGGGGGCCCUGGUGAUGGGCCCAGCUCCAUGGCGGUCCCUGGUGAUGGGCCCAGCUCCCCGGCCCGGCCCCACGGAGGCCCUGGUGAUGGGCCCAGCUCCCUGCUCCCUGGUCCGGCCCCGCGGGGGCCCUGGUGAUGGGCCCAGCUCCCCGGUCCGGCCCCGUGGGGGCCCUGGUGAUGGGCCCGGCUCCCUGGCCCGGCCCCGCGGGGGCCCUGGUGAUGAGCCAGGCUUCACGGCCCGGCCCCGCGGGGGCCCUGGUGAUGGGCCCAGCUCCCUGGUCUGGCCCCGCGGGGGUCCUGGUGAUGGGCCCAGCUCCCCGGCCCGGCCCCACGGAGGCCCUGGUGAUGGGCCCAGCUCCCCGGUCUGGCCCCGCGGGGGCCCUGGUGAUGGGCCCGGCUCCCUGGCCCGGCCCUGCGGGGGCCCUAGUGAUGAGCCCGGCUUCACGGCCCGGCCCCACGGGGGCCCUGGUCAAGGACCAAGCAGGACCAGGGCCGAGAGCCCAGCUCAGGAGCCCUGGGGUCGACCCGAGCCGGCACAUCACCUGCCACGGCACGCCCAGGUGUCAGCGGCCAGCAGCCGUGCAGGGGUGGGGUGA